CAGGCUAGAAAUCUUCAUACAGGAGAACUGGCUGCUGUAAAAAUAAUCAAGUUAGAGCCUGGAGACGACUUCUCAUUGAUACAGCAAGAAAUAUAUAUGGUUAAAGAAUGCAAACAUUGCAACAUAGUUGCCUAUUUUGGGAGCUAUCUCAGCCGUGAGAAGCUGUGGAUAUGCAUGGAAUACUGCGGUGGGGGAUCCCUCCAAGAUAUUUACCAUGUAACUGGACCUCUGUCAGAGUUACAAAUUGCAUAUGUGUGCAGAGAAACUUUACAGGGUCUUGCUUAUUUGCAUAUGAAGGGCAAAAUGCAUAGAGAUAUAAAGGGUGCAAAUAUUCUACUAACAGACCAUGGAGAUGUCAAAUUAGCUGACUUUGGUGUAGCAGCAAAAAUAACAGCCACCAUUGCGAAGAGGAAAUCAUUUAUUGGUACCCCUUACUGGAUGGCCCCAGAAGUUGCAGCGGUGGAAAAGAACGGUGGAUAUAACCAGCUCUGCGAUAUCUGGGCGGUUGGCAUAACAGCGAUUGAACUUGCAGAGCUUCAGCCGCCCAUGUUUGAUCUUCACCCGAUGAGGGCUUUGUUUUUAAUGUCAAAAAGUAAUUUUCAACCGCCAAAGCUAAAGGAAAAAGCAAAAUGGUCAUCAACAUUCCAUAAUUUUGUCAAAAUAGCACUUACAAAAAAUCCAAAGAAGAGACCGACAGCAGACAGACUUCUUUCUCAUAGCUUUGUAGGGCAGCCUGGCCUUUCCAGAUCUUUGGCAGUUGAGCUGUUGGACAAAGUUAAUAAUCCUGACAACCAUACACACUACAGUGAAGUUGAUGAUGACGAUUUUGAGCCUCACUCCGUUAUCCGCCAUACAAUUCGUUCUACGAACAGGAACAUUAGGGCAGAAAGAACGGCAUCGGAGAUAAACUUUGAUAAGCUGCAGUUUGAGCCCCCUCUCCGGAAAGAAACAGAAGCUCGGGAUGAAAUGGUUGUGGCAGCUGGCACUGACUUUGCUUCGCAUUGGAAUCCUUUUGUUGACAGUGGAAGCAGCAAAUCAACACUAAAGCGAGCCGGGCCACCUCCCCUACCUCCUAAGCCGAGAAUAAACAGUUAUCCUGAGGAAAACCUUCCAGAUGAUGAGAAAUGCCAGACAAUAAAACAUUUCCCAGACUCCCAGAACAGAGCCCCACCAGCUCACAGGAGACAAAGUAUCCCUGUUUGUGGGCCUCAGACUGAUUCUUCCCCCGUUGGAAAUGGGGAUGGCAUGCUGAAACUCAUUGAAGAAAAUGCAGAAGGGUCUGGACAAAUCCCUCAAUUGCCACGUAAAAAAGAGAAAAGAGAUUUUCCUAAGCCAGCAAUCAAUGGUUUACCACCAACACCAAAGGUGCUGAUGGGAGCGUGUUUUUCCAAAGUCUUUGAUGGUUGUCCUUUGAAGAUUAAUUGUGCAACAUCGUGGAUACAUCCAGAUACCAAAGAUCAGUACAUUAUCUUUGGCACGGAAGAAGGUAUCUAUACUUUGAAUUUGAAUGAACUUCACGAAGCAACGAUGGAACAGUUGUUUCCCCGAAAGUGCACCUGGCUGUAUGUUAUCAAUAACACCUUAAUGUCCUUGUCAGAAGGGAAAACAUUCCAGCUCUACUCCCAUAAUUUAAUAGCUUUGUUUGAACAAGCCAAAAAAACAGGAUUAGCUGCUCAUAUUCAAACCCAUAGGUUUCCUGACAAAAUAUUACCAAGGAAGUUUGCCUUAACAACAAAGAUCCCCGAUACAAAAGGAUGCCACAAAUGCUGUAUAGUACGAAAUCCAUACACAGGACAUAAAUACCUGUGUGGUGCAUUGCAGUCUGGAAUUGUUCUACUACAGUGGUAUGAGCCAAUGCAGAAAUUCAUGUUAAUAAAGCACUUUGAUUUUCCUUUGCCAAGCCCUUUGAAUGUGUUUGAAAUGCUAGUGAUACCAGAGCAGGAGUACCCGAUGGUCUGCGUAGCUAUCAGUAAGGGUACUGAACCAAAUCAGGUAGUUCAGUUUGAGACAAUCAACUUGAACUCUGCUUCUUCGUGGUUUACAGAAAUUGGUGCAGGCAAUCAGCAGUUAGAUGCCAUUCACGUAACGCAGCUGGAAAGAGACACUGUCCUAGUCUGCCUGGACAAAUUUGUGAAGAUUGUGAAUUUACAAGGGAAAUUGAAGUCGAGCAAGAAAUUGGCCUCCGAGCUGAGCUUUGAUUUCUGCAUUGAGUCAGUGGUGUGCCUUCAAGACAGUGUGCUGGCCUUCUGGAAACACGGCAUGCAGGGCAAAAGCUUUAAGUCAGAUGAAGUUACUCAAGAGAUAUCAGAUGAAACCAGGGUUUUCCGCUUACUGGGAUCAGACAGAGUGGUAGUGUUGGAAAGCAGGCCAACAGAAAAUCCGACUGCACACAGCAAUCUCUACAUCUUGGCUGGACACGAAAAUAGUUACUAA